GAACAAAAGGAUGAUUGUGGGGAUCAACCAGAAAAGAGAGAUUUCAUGAUUACUGCAGAUGUAAGUAUACACCUUUACAAUACUCUGGUAGCCCUGAUUACGUCUAUUUCCCCGAGACCAGCGGCCAUUACAGGGCUGCUCGAUGCCUCCCUCGCCUCUAGAUUUCUUUCGGAUCCAAUCAUCACCGAUAAGUGUGAUGAACUGGCCAAAGAUGAGUUUGUUGCUCAAAUGGCACAGCAACUUCUGGAGGCACUCCAAGCUUCUACAGUUCUCGAGGAUGGGACAUUUAAUGACUUUGCAUUGGAGCAUUUUGCUUUGGUUAUGAGAAUAUGGAGAAACGAGAAGUUUAUUUGGAUUCGAAAAUUGAUUGUCAAGGAUUGCGUCGUUCCCGACAUCAUAGAAAAACUUUCGAAUGAAGUGGAAAAUGAACAAAUUGGAGAACGCAUGUGCCGUAUCAAGGGAGAUCACAACUUGAGUGAUAUUCUCCAACUCAAAAGGCCUCCUGCUACAAUGAUAAGGGGACUUUUGAUUAUUUUACUUGGGUAUUGGAGUUAUAAAAAGCUGCCUUUGCCUUUGGGAUUUGAUGAAAAAUUAAUAUCUUUUGAUGGAGACUGUGGACAUAAAGUUGCAGAAGAUGGAUCUGAGGUUAUCGAAAGAGAAAUUGAGGAGAUUGAUUUGGAAUCGGCGGAAUACAGUACACGGUUAAUAGAGCCUGUAGCUCCCAUUCAGAGUCUUGAAAAUGAUUCAUUCAUUGAGGAGUUGGCCCAUGACUUAAAACAAGAUUCCCGUCUUUUUGGAAAAACACAACAAUGUAUGGAAUCCCUUCACAUCUUUGAUCCUAAAGAUGAUGAGGCUUUUUUUUCUGCGAAACUACAUUAUGAUUUAGCUCAUGAAGUUUUGGAGGAUCCUCACUUUAUUCAAUUGCUUGUCGAGAGCCUUAAGGAGAACUAUCUCGAACGUCACUCAGUAGAAAUAUAUUGCAAACCGGCUAAGGUCAGGAAUGAGGAUGUGUUGGCUACAGUUAGAAGUAUCGUUAAAGAUCGUGGCUUCCAUCAAUAUAAGGACCAGAUUGAAAAGAAUGAAGAUCGUGCUGUGAGAGUUUUCUUGUGUAUUUUAAUCGGUCACUGGGUGUACGAUGAUGUGUGUAAGAAGGUUAAUGCGAAACUUUGUGAAUAUGAUAAAGCGAAAUGGGAUGCGAGACAGGGUGCAAGAGCUGCUGCUUGGAAAGCUACGGGUUAUGACGAUGUAGAGGCGGAAAUUUGUUAUGUUACUAGAUUUGCUGGUGAUUUGAAGGGUUUGAGGGAAGCGUUGGGUAAAGUAUACGGUACUAGACCUUAUAAGCAUGCUUUUGAUGAG